CACACAUUUUUACCUUAUGAUUUUUAUUUGUGCUGCUUCUCCUGCGUCUCCAAAAGGACAGAUGAUGCUGCAUAACUGAUGGCUGGCUUCAUGAGUCAAAAGGACCCUGGCUUCUCCACCACCUUACACGUUCCCUACCUCUCUGGGUUACUCCCCACUCCAGUUCUCCAAGAAACUUGCCAAGGGUUUGGGGGAACAUUCAACCUGUCGGUGAGUUUGGGCAGCUCAGACAAACCAUCGACCGUUGAGUGGACCCCGAGGCCUGGAACUGCCGUCUACCCCAUCUCCAUCCCCACCUUCUAGAUCUGGGAGAUCCCCCACCCCCCAGCAACCUGGCAUCCCCUCUCUCUGGCCACAGCGAAGGUCACAAUCAACAUUCAUUGUUGUCGGUGGGUUGUGAUGAGGAGGCCAGACCCACCGGGGGAUGAAUGUCACUGUGGCUGGGCCAUACAACAAUCUCAGGGAUGAGGAGGGCAGGACCUCUUAGAUACCCCCCAAAUUCUUCAGCCUGUCACUUGCUCCCCUUAAGGAGAUCUGGGACCUUAAAGGGCAGAUUGAAAUUGGGAAAUUAACCUGGGAGGAUUAGAUGUUGGGGGGAUCAUAAUGUGGGGCUCAGUGGGCUAAAACCAUUCCUGAGGUUUCUGGAAUAGGUGAAUUGGUGGACCGGCUUGUGCUGGGCAGAUGGGUUAGCUGGUGGACAGGAGGAGUGAAGUCUGUCCCAGCCAGUGGGGCCUCCCGACCAAGUGCCUUCUGGGAUUUCAGGCUUCGACCUCCCCUGACUGCAGGCUGUGUUGGGGGUCAGAGAGCUGGCACAUGCUGGGAUGCAGCCUGCUUGCCUGCCUGUCUGCGCUGGAGGAGGACUCCCCUCCAACCUUGAGGCUCCUAACUGAGCUAACUGAAGGAAGAAGAGUUGGUAACUCCAAUUUGUAACGAGGACAAUUGAGGUGCCUAUUAACGCAUCAAAGCUGACACUGGCAUCCCUCAGUCCCUACCUGUUAUGAGGUCCCCUUGGCUGGCAUACCUGUCACCUAUGCUGAACAUCUCUAGCCGAGGAACAAGGUUGGGCUUGCCCUUCCUCGAUUUUCCAGUUCGCAUAUAACCCAGCCAUAUUUUGUUAUGUGCUUUUGUUUGUUUGUUUUGCCUCAUGUCCACUCUAGACUCCCAGAUGUCUCUGCCUUUAACUGUAUUGUCCCUUUCAUCCACAGUAACCCUCCUCAAUCCCUUAGGAGCAGCCGUGUCCUUAUUUAUUUUUGUCAUUCACACUUCAUGACUAAGUUCUCGGCCACUGGAGUGGGCAUGAAAAUCCCUUAGCAAAGCCAGAGCUUUGGGACCCGGCCCUGGUCCUCCCCCUCCCUACCACCAUUCUCAGGCCCCCUUCCUAAGUACUGGGAUUGCUGUUUUACUCGACCUAACAAAGGCUCAAGGCCACUUGGCCCCUUCCCCAGCCAUAGGGAAGGAAGAGGAAAAAAAUUAGUAAAUCACCCCUCAGUUUAAGGGUUUGGCCCCCGGGGCAGAGUUCUUAGCCUCUUCACCUAGCUGGCCAGCAAGGGUUGACCUCCCACAGGGAGGGGGAGGAGACCCUGGGGAAGCCUGGGGGUUCAGUGGCUCCUGGUCUACCUCCAGCCCACACAAACACCAUAUACCCCCUGGGCAGGUAUGUAAGGAGCCCCCAGUGACAAUAAGGGACCCCCCAGAGCCUGCCUGCUCCACCCUCUCACACCCCCUCAAGGUAGAAAAGCAGCCGGAGAAGCUUGAGCUUCAGGACUGAGGGAAGCGGGAAGCAAGUCAGUGUUUCCCCUCAGUCUGCUCUGCCCAGCCAUGGGAACUUUCAAUCUGUGGACAGACUAUCUGGGCCUGGCAAGUCUGGUUGGGGCUCUGCAUGAGGAAGAGGUGCCUGAUGUCAGACUGAACCCCAAACCAGAGCCCAAGCCGAGCCUGGAAAGCCAGCAAGCCAGCAAGGAGCCCUCUACAGCUCCUGAACGUUUGUGCUCAUUCUGCAAGCACAAUGGCGAGUCCCGUGCUAUCUAUCAGUCCCAUGUUCUGAAGGAUGAGGCAGGCCGGGUGCUGUGUCCCAUCCUGAGGGAUUAUGUUUGUCCCCAGUGUGGGGCCACCCAGGAGCACGCCCACACUCGACGCUUCUGCCCACUCACCGGCCAGGGCUACACUUCUGUCUACUGCUACACUACCCGGAACUCUGCAGGCAAAAAGCUGACCCGGCCUGACAAGGCAAAGACACAGGAUGCUGGCCACCGCUCGGGAGGAGAAACAGCAGCAGGUUCCAAAAGUGGCAGGAAGUCCUCUGGACCUUCACCCUCGGCCUACAGUCCCUCCACUACAGCCUAGGAGCUUGGAGUGGGGAGGACCAUGGGGUACCCUUGCCAAGGGUCUGGACACAGGCAUGCUGGAGACUGGAUCUUGCUUAAAACCCUGAGGCUGGCCACAGUUGGAGAUCGCCAGCCCUUCCCCCACCCUAGUCCUGCUUGUGUUGUUGCAUCAGCACCCAAUAAAUGGUGAGGAGUGGAGCCUA